UCCUAGAGGAGAAGUGAGAGAGCAGAGCUUGUCCAUGGUGAUGGCAUUCAUUCUGUAGCAGGGCAGCUGAACAGGAGUAGCAUUAAGAAGAGGUCUUCAGAGGACAUUCACAUACAGAAGGGCAGACUGAGUCACUCCUGUAGGAUUACCUUAAGCACCACUCCAAACCUAACCCUGGGGACCAGAAAGAGCAGGUAGAGGAUGAGGUCCAAGAGCAGUGGGGUGGAGAGCCCAGCCAAUGGGGUACUCGGGGUUCCCCAGGCAACACAAGACAUCAACCAGGAAGAGGGUGUAAAUCUGCAUACACCCAUAAAGAGUCUGAAGGUCAAAGUUCAACCAAACAUUGAGGAGUUGGUGGAGGAGGUGGUGGUGGUCUCUGACAUAGAGAAGUCAACCGAGGACAGUUUAGGUACUAGUGACAAAAGACAGGGAAUCAUGGACUUUACUAAAAAGGACCUUCUGAGGCUGCUAGGGGUCAUGGAAGGUGAGGUUCAGGCGAGGGAGGAUGUUAUCUGUGUGCUGAAGACUGAGAGGACACGUCUGGAAGCUCUGAAGUCCCACUAUGGUUCUGCAGCUCCUACCACAGCCCUCCAGGCCCUACAGAGAGACAGCCUUCUCACCAACACACAAACACACAUUGACAAUGUCUACCAGUGGCCAAUGGCUGAGCUGGACCGUCUGCAGGAUAAACACAAGGACACGUAUCGGCGCAUGCUGGAACAGCUUCUAUUGACUGAGAAGUGUCAUCGCCGCACCGUGCACGAGCUGGACAGCGAGAAGCGCAAGCAUGCUGACUACAUGAACAAGAGUGACGAAUUCACUAACCUAUUGGAGCAGGAGAGAGAGAGAUUGAAGAGGUUGCUGGAGAAUGAGAAAGCCUACCAGGUCCGUAAAGAGAAGGAGAACACCAAGCGUCUGGAGAAGGUGAGGGAGGAGCUGGUCAAACUGAAGUCCUUUGCCCUGAUGCUGGUGGAUGAGCGGCAACUCCACCUGGAGCAGAUGGACCAGCAGAGCCAGAGGGUCCAGGAGCUGACCCAGCAGCUGUCCCAGAGGGAGCAGGACCUGAGCAAUGCCAGUGCCAGGGCCCAGGAGGACAGACAGAGGGCCCUGAGCUUGGAGGGCGAGCUGAGUGAGUGCCAGGCCAAGUUUACCCAGGAGCAGGAGGAGAUUACAGCCAAGCUGGCCAGCCAGGAGUACCAGAACCGCCUGUUGGAUGUCAAGCUGUCUGGACUCACCCACACUCUGGAGGAGCUGGAGGAGAGCAACAGGGCUCUGAGGAGGUCAGAGGAGGAGAGCAAUGGGGCUCUGAGUAGGUCAGAGGACAGGUUGGAGGAGAGCAAUGGGGCUCUGAGGAGGUCAAAGGAGGAGCUGGAGGAGAGCAAAUGGGCUCUGGGGAAGUCAAAGGAGGAGCUGGAGGAGAGCAACGGGGCUCUGAUGAGGUCAAAGGAGGAGCUGGACGAGCUGAGGGACAAGAUCAGCAAAGGGGAUUGUGGGAACUCUAACCUAAUGACUGAACUGGAGAACCUCCGCAAACGGGUAUUUGAGAUGGAAGGGCAGGACGAGGAGAUCACCAAGGCAGAGGCCCAGUGCAGGGAGCUGAAGAAGAGGUUGCAGGAGGAAGAGAGCCGAGGGAAAGAACUCAAACUGCAAGUGGAGAAGCUCCAGAGGAGAAUGGUGGAACUGGAGAGACUAGAGUGGGCGUUCAAUGCCAGCAAGGCGGAGUGCUUCCAGUUACACGCCACUCUGGAGAGAGAGAAGGACGUGUCAAAGGAGCUUGCCGACGAACUGGUUGCCGUUAAGAUACGCAUGAAAGAGAUGGAAUCCUCUGAGCUGAGACUGGAAAAGACUGAGCAGGGCCUUAAAGAUGACCUGGCAAAGCUGAAAUCAUUCACUAUGGUAAUGGUUGAUGAGAAGAAUAAUAUGAUGGAGAGAAUGCUGUUAGAGGAGAAGAAGAGGGAUGAUCUGAGUAAGAUGUUCAAAGUGGAGCAGGUCAAGGUCAUGGAGGUGACUGAGAGAUUGAUAGAGGAGAGUAAAAAGCUCCUGAAGUUGAAAUCAGAGAUGGAGGCCAAGGUUGGGACCCUGACCAGAGAGAAAGGAGAGCUUAGCACUAAGCUCAGAUGUGAAAUGGAAAAGAGCAAGGAUCUGAGCUCCAAAGUCAGCCAAAUGAACAAGAGGUCAGAUGGAUUGCAGGAGGCAGAAAAUAUAUCCACAAAUAACAUAGCAAAGAGGGAACUGGGAAGCUUGUCAGAUGGGAGUUCGAAAGAGGACAACAGGGUGAAGGAGCUAACGUUUGAAAUAGAGCGGUUGAAAAACCGUCUCAAGCAGCUGGAGGUUGUGGAGGGCGAUUUGAUAAAGACAGAGGAUCAGUAUGACCUGCUGGAGAAAAAGUUAAUGACGGAGCAAGACAAGGCCAACAUUCUCUCCCAGCAGGUGGAGGAGAUGAGGAGUCAGAUCGCCAGGACUAAAGCAAUAGAGAAUGGAGAGGUGGUGAGCCAGGAGGCAGACCUACGACAGCGCUGCAGGACAGAGAACGCCAACACCAGAGACUUGCAGAAUGACAUGGUAGCCCUCAAGGAGAAGAUCCAUGAGCUGAUGCACAAAGAAGACCAGCUCUCUCAACUCCAAGUGGACUACUCCUUCCUCCAGCAGAGGUUCCUAGAGGAAGAGGAGAAGAAGAACAACAUGAGCAUUGAGGUCCUCCACCUCACCAAAGAGCUGGAGGUGACCAAGCGCCACAGCCGCGCUCUACGACCCAGUCUGAACGGGAGGAGGAUGGUGGACAUUGCCAUGGCGUCCACAGGAGUUCAGACUGAUGCGCUGGCCAAUGAGACGGCAGAAGAGGACACCCCAGCCGUGUUCAUCAGGAAGUCCGUCCAGGAAGAGAAUCACAUCAUGAGUAAUCUUCGACAGAAGGGUCUCAAGAAACCCACAGAUAAAGCUGGUGGUCAUGAACGCUACUCACCCUCUGUUGCCGCUGACCUCAGCAUGAAGAAGUCCUGGAUUCCCUGGAUGAGGAAGAGGGAAAUCAUCCCUCAGGGUGGUAAUCUGGACAAGUCUGUCCAUAUCAACAGUGAAUCCAUGCAUUCUGAUCUGGCCAUGUCCCAGAAGCAAGGGCAGCCUUUACGCAUCAGAGUGACCCCAGACCACGAGAACAGCACAGCUACCUUGGAGAUCAGCAGUCCUUCUACUGAGGACCUCUAUUCCAGCUCCAGCCUCAGCCUCAGUCCCACCCUGCAGGGCCACCAGAAGCCUCGGAUCACUAUCAUUCCCACCCACACCGCCGCAGCUUCAAGGGGAAAAGCCAGUGCCGGGCCAGGGGGACCAGAGAGGUCCAAGUCCCCGGUCACCGUCACCACCAUCUCCAGGGCCAAGUCACCAGAGAUCAGCAAGGCCUCCUCCUCAUCAGGCAGACCCAUAUCACCCAUAUCCAUCAUGACAGUUAGCGCUUCUAUGGUGUCCAACAUGUCCACCUCCCCAGAGCCCCAAGAGAUGACCAUGGGCCGGGCCGUGUUCAAGGUGACCCCUGAGAAACAGAUGGUCCCCACACCGAUCAGGAAGUACAAUUCCAAUGCCAGUAUCAUCACCACCACAGAGGACAACAAGAUUCACAUCCACCUGCACGGCUCCCAGUUCAAUAAGGGCCCCUCGGAGGGCCACAACAACACAGGACCCAAGGUGGUGGUUAGGCCUGUCGGCAUGGCAACAGAGUGUAGCAGAGAGAUGAUGUUAUCCACAGGCACGGUGUUGCGCUCCCCUCGCCAUAGUGCCACUGCUGUCAAAACCACACCCAGUAAAGUGAUGAGCAGCAUCACCAUCACUGCAGUCACGUCCACCCCUUCCAGACCAGCACAAGCUGUGCCCGGGCAUGAUGCCCACCCACCCCGGGCAGGGCUCACCCGUAUCCCCAUGUCCAAGGGCCUGAAGACAGGCAAAGCCAUGCUGGGAGCCCUGGGGAUGUCUGGAGGAAUGAGGCUGGAGCAGAGAGCAGAAAGCCAGUCCAUGAGGAUAGAGCUGAAGAAAUCCACAAUCAGCAGCACAACAGCCUUUCAAAAUGGAGGGAAAAGCUGUUAGAGCCAGAAACACAAACAGGGAACAGAAGUCAAACAAGCUGCCAACCAAUAGUAAUGUUCUAUGGGUCAAAGGUGCUCAGUAUAGAGGCACAAUUAAAUGACCUGGAGACAGAGAGCGAGGUGGGAUUUUCAGACAAGGGAAAGUCGUUUGGCUCCUCUCUAUUGAGCAGGAGCCUAAAUUGAUCAUUGUGUUCUUGUCUAACUGAAAACAAUACACAUAUCUAAUAUAUUAUAUUUUUAGAAACUAUUUAUAUUAUGUUCUGUGUUUGUAAUGUGGAUGAAAUCAACUGAUAACCGCUGACAUGUGUGCAUUUUAUAAGGGGAGAGGCCGUGUGUAUUGGCAGGUAGUUCUGCUAUUAACUGCUUCAUGUACUCGUUAGGGGACUGCUUCACCCAGUGAGCUUUUCAUUAUGCAUUUUGUAAGGGGAGAGGCCGUGUGUAUUGGCAGGUAGUUCUGCUAUUAACUGCUUCAUGUACUCGUUAGGGGACUGCUUCACCCAGUGAGCUUUUCAUUAUGCAUUUUGUAAGGGGAGAGGCCGUGUGUAUUGGCAGGUAGUUCUGCUAUUAACUGCUUCAUGUACUCGUUAGGGGACUGCUUCACCCAGUGAGCUUUUCAUUAUGCAUUUUGUAAGGGGAGAGGCCGUGUGUAUUGGCAGGUAGUUCUGCUAUUAACUGCUUCAUGUACUCGUUAGGGGACUGCUUCACCUAGUGAGCUUUUCAUUAUGCAUUUUGUAAGGGGAGAGGCCGUGUGUAUUGGCAGGUAGGUCUGCUAUUAACUGCUUCAUGUACUCGUUAGGGGACUGCUUCACCCAGUGAGCUUUUCAUUAUGCAUUUUGUAAGGGGAGAGGCUGUCUGUAUUGGCAGGUAGUUCUGCUAUUAACUGCUUCAUGUACUCGUUAGGGGACUGCUUCACCCAGUGAGCUUUUCAUUAUGCAUUUUGUAAGGGGAGAGGUUGUCUGUAUUGGCAGGUAGUUCUGCUAUUAACUGCUUCAUGUACUCGUUAGGGGACUGCUUCACCCAGUGAGCUUUUCAUUAUGCAUUUUGUAAGGGGAGAGGCCGUGUGUAUUGGCAGGUAGUUCUGCUAUUAACUGCUUCAUGUACUCGUUAGGGGACUGCUUCACCCAGUGAGCUUUUCAUUAUGCAUUUUGUAAGGGGAGAGGCCGUGUGUAUUGGCAGGUAGUUCUGCUAUUAACUGCUUCAUGUACUCGUUAGGGGACUGCUUCACCCAGUGAGCUUUUCAUUAUGCAUUUUGUAAGGGGAGAGGCCGUGUGUAUUGGCAGGUAGUUCUGCUAUUAACUGCUUCAUGUACUCGUUAGGGGACUGCUUCACCUAGUGAGCUUUUCAUUAUGCAUUUUUGUACUGCAUUUAAUAUGGAGGCCAUAUCAUUUGGUUUGCAGCAAAUUAAACGGGUCCUUUUUAUGUAAUGGUUUUUAAAUAACCAUUUUUUUUUAAAGAUGACAGAAUAUUGUCAUGAGAAUACAUGCAACAUUGAGUGGACAAUGUCAAUGUUCUCUAACAUUAUUUUGGAUGCAUUCUUUGUGCAAGGCAUCAGUUGAACCAGACUCACUAUAGUAAUUAAUUCAUCUCACAUUAAUUUACUGACUAGGCAGUGCUUGUAUUGACUUGCUGUGUGUUAUGAAAUCGGAAAAUAUAUAAAUUGGAAAAUGUAUCAAAACAAAUGGCCGUAUACAUCAAUGCUUCUGCUGUGAUACACUGGAGAGACAAAUUGUCAGUCAUCUUUCAGUUGUGGAGCGCUCACUUGCCAUAGAGCAAUUAAAAUCAACUCGUUUAACAAGCUGCCUGUGUCUACAAACACCAACCAUGUGCCCUCUGAAUGAAAGAAUAAUAUUGUCUCUAAUUUGCUCAAUCGACCAAUGAGAGAAUCAAACCAGUGUCAUUAGAUGGGUUUGUUGUGAGUCAAAGGGUAACUAGCCUGAGACCCCCUAUGGGAAAUGUAUGUAUAGAAAUAUAGGAAUUCAAAAUGCGUCAAAAUAUAUUUUGUAAUGUCUAUGCCAUAAAUAAAAUAUCUCUACAUGUUUUAAAUGUGUAUAAAA